AUGGCGAACCUGGCAAACACCAUGGAAGCGAAUGCUGCGGCGAUUCUACAAGUUGUGCAGAGGUUAGCCCAACCGACCGGAAGCAGAAACGAAAAUGGAGAAGGUGCUGAGGACAGCUUGAGAGGUGUUCCGAGAACUCUAACUGCUUUUCGGAAAGCUGACCCACCGGUUUUUAAUGGUUCGGCAAACCAUACGGAAGCAAACAAUGGGUUCCAAGCGGUGGAAUGUACAUUGCUAACUCAACAUGUACCGUAUAACAAGUUCGUGGAAUAUGCGACUUAUCAAUUAGUGGGAGAAGCUCAACAAUGGUGGCAAGGAGAGCGUCGAGUACUACACCAACAAAACGUGAACAUUACCUGGGCAUUAUUCGAGGAAGCUUUCAACAAGAAGUAUUUUCAUGGGUCAUUAAGGGAGGCCAGAGAAUUGGAGCUCUUAUAG